AUGUUUGCUGGCAGAUUUGAUCCGUCGGCAUUUAGCGGCACGAAACGGAAACGUGACAGUGACAAUUAUGAGAGUGACGUGAGCGAUGACCUGAGCAUAAACGAAAGUGGAGUUGACGACAGUGGAAGCGAAGAGGAAGAUAGCACGAGCGAGAACACCAAGAAGGAGGAAUUUAGCAGUGACAGUGAGAGUGACAGCGAAAGUGAUAGUGAUCGUGGUAGUGAUAAUGAAAGUAAUAGCAGCAUCAGUGACAAAGAGACUGAUGUAAAUGCAAUGGACAUAGAUAGUGGUAAUUCGAAAUCUUCUAUUGAAGAAUUAGCAGGUGAAGGGGAUGAGGCAUAUGUUGAUAAGCAUCAUUCAGUGUUUCUGAAAUUUCAAAAGUCCAUCGAUAAAAGCAUUCAAUCAACGAAUUUAAAUGGUGAAGAAGAUGUUUCUGACGAUAAUAUCGUUCAACAAGAUUUACAACCUCUCCCCCAACCGCCAUUACCUCGAGAUAGAAGGCUAAAGGCUACUACUACACAUUUGAAAUCACUUGACUGGCUUGCCGUGCCCACAUACACUGCACCUGAGAUCACAGAACCGUUUUCUGGGUUCCCUCUUAAUCCUAAAUUACAAAGUAACCUUAAUUCCUUGGGAUAUACCAGCGCAUUUGCUGUUCAGAUCAGUGUGCUUCAUGUACUUCUUUCAGACAUUAGAAAGAAUAUUUUUCAACCAGAUCAUCGAGGUGAUUUGCUUGUGAAUGCUCUGACAGGGUCAGGGAAGACAUUAGCAUAUCUGAUACCAAUAAUCGAAGCAUUGCAUAAGAGAACCGUGCCAAAAGUUCGUGCAAUUAUACUUGUACCCACCAAGCCUUUGAUCAAUCAAGUGAAACAAACGUUAGAUACUUUACGGAAAGGUACCAAAUUGCAUGUUGUAAGUUUAAAGAAUGAUAUCAGCUUGAAGGAGGAAGCAAGAAAGCUUUUGUCCAAUGUUCCCGAUAUCAUAGUCACUACUCCUGGUCGUCUUGUGGAUCAUUUGACCAUGGAAUCCAUUAAUUUACAGGACUUGAGAUAUUUGGUCAUUGAUGAAGCUGAUAGAUUGUUGAACCAAUCUUUCCAGAAUUGGUGUAGUGUUGUUAUUUCAAAGUUAUGUCCAGUUGGUGCUGUUGAUAAUAAAUGGAAUCGUACACCACAGAAGUUAAUCUUUUCAGCUACAUUAACCACAGACGCAGGGAAGUUAACUCAGUUGAAAUUGCAUAAUCCUCGGUUAAUCAUUGUUAAUAAAGAACAUCAAUUAUUGCAAAAUGAUGAACUUUUUUCAGUUCCUGCCACAUUGAAUGAAUUCCUGAUCCAAGUCGGUACUGCCAAAGCAUCAGUGAAACCAUUGUUAUUGGCCAAAUUACUUUUGACCCAAAAGAGACACAGGAAUGUGUUGAUAUUUGCAAAGUCAAACGAAGCAACUAUCAGAUUAGCCAAAUUACUACAAUCACUCUUUGAUAGGCUUGUUUCUCUCCAUGAUGAAAAGCCAUUGGUUGUGGAGUAUUUGAAUUCCACCAAUAAUACAUCACAGAUAAGAAAACAAAUAUUGAACAAAUUCCAUGAGGGUAGCAUAAACGUUCUUGUUGCAACUGAUUUAAUUGCUAGAGGUAUUGAUAUUCUUAGCAUUACCACCGUUGUCAACUAUGAUUUGCCCAAUUCCGCUAGAGAAUAUGUCCAUAGAGUCGGUAGAACUGCUAGAGCAAACAAAACUGGUGAUGCCAUUAGUAUUGUCGUUGGGAAAGGUGAACAGAAGUGGUUCAAUAAGCUCACCAAAGAAAUUGGUCGUUCUCCAGAGCAAAGCAUUGGUAUAAUUGAAGGAGUAAUAACCGAACAACUGGAAGAACAAAUAUACACUCAAUGUCUUGAACAAUUACAAAAGCAAAUAGCCAGGUAA